AUGUCGAGGAAGGCGGCGGAGAAGGAGUACCAACAAGUGGUUGUGGCUGUGGACAAAGAUAAAGGAAGCCAGCAUGCUCUGAAAUGGGCAACCGAUCAUCUCCUCAGCAAAGGCCAUACCAUUGUUCUCCUUCACGUCAAACACCGACCGUCUUCUUCUUCUUCAUCGUCUUCCUCUUCUGCCUCUUCUUCUGGUCCUGCUGCUCUCGACGACGAUAAUAGAGUCCCGAUUGAUGGCCAAGCCAGAGAGCUUUUGCUUCCUUUCCGCUGCUUCUGCACCCGUAAAGAUCUAAAAUGCAAUGAAGUUGUCGUGGAGGAUUAUGACAUAGCCAAAGCAAUCGUCGACUACGUGAAUGCGAAUUCCGUUGAUGUCGUGGUGCUCGGCAGCCCUUCGCGAGGCGGCCUCGUUAGAAAGUUCAGGGUGACAGAUGUUCCAAGCAAUGUCUCGAAAUUGGCACCAGAUUUCUGUACCGUUUAUGUUAUUGGCAAAGGAAAGAUCUCAUCAGUGAAAGCCGCUACCGCACCUGUCCCUGCACCGCCUAGACCUGUUGCUGCUGCUGCUGCUGCUGCUGCAGCCUCUCCAGGCCCAGGUUUCUCAAUUCCUGAUCCUGCUUCCAGGGGUUACCAAAGAGCAGAAAGAUCACUUUACCCGCCAGGCUAUCAGAAUGAAGAUGAUUUCAUUAGGUCGCCGUUUGCAAGAGGAAGAGCUUCAAUAGCAAAACUAGCCGAAUCGCCAAUGCCGGAUUCCGACAUCUCUUUCGUCAGCAGUGGAAGGCCGAGCCUCGACUACCACUUUGCAUCCAUGAGCGACGGGGAUGCUCCAAGGCUCUCGACUGGCUCGGAUUUCGACACCAGAAGCACCGGAUCCUCCUACUCAGGAAAUCGGUCCCUCGACCUUUCAUUCCAGGAAAACAUGGAAGCCGAGAUGAGAAGGCUGAGACAAGAGCUGAAGCAAACGAUGGAGAUGUACAGCUCAGCUUGCAAGGAAGCUCUCUCGGCGAAACAACAAGCCAGGGAGCUUCAUCGGUGGAGAAUGGAGGAAGAGCAGAGGCUCGAAGAGGCGAGAAUGAGCGAAGAACAGGCACUGGCUCUCGUCGAGAAGGAAAAGGCCAAAUGCAAAGCAGCACUCGAGGCAGCCGAAGCUGCCGAGAAGAUCGCCCAAUUCGAAGCACAGAAGAGACGAGCCGCAGAAUUGAGAGCCAUACAAGAUGCCGAGGAGAGAAAGAAAGCCGGCAAUGGACUGUCCCAUGGCGGCGGCGCUGAUAUUCGGUACAGGAGAUACGAAAUCGAAGAGAUCGAGUCUGCAACGAAGGACUUCGCAAACAAUUUGAAAAUCGGAGAAGGCGGGUAUGGCCCCGUGUACAGAGCGCAUCUCGAUCACACACCCGUCGCGAUCAAAGUCCUGCGUCCCGACGCAGCUCAGGGAAGGUCUCAGUUCCAACAGGAGGUGGAAGUUUUGUGCUGCAUUCGCCAUCCAAACAUGGUACUUCUCCUUGGAGCGUGCCCCGAAUACGGCUGCUUGGUCUAUGAGUACAUGGCCAACGGUAGCUUGGAAGACAGGCUUUUCAGAAGAGGGAACACCCCGCCUCUUUCGUGGCAACUAAGGUUCAGAAUCGCAGCAGAAAUCGCCACAGGCCUACUGUUCCUCCACCAGACCAAGCCCGAACCGCUAGUCCAUCGUGAUCUCAAGCCCGGUAACAUCUUGCUGGAUAGGAACUUCGUCAGCAAGAUCAGUGACGUAGGUCUGGCAAGGCUCGUCCCUCCGUCGGUCGCUGACUCGGUGACCCAAUACCGGAUGACAUCCACGGCCGGAACGUUCUGCUACAUCGACCCGGAGUACCAGCAGACGGGAAUGCUGGGGGUGAAAUCGGAUAUUUAUUCGCUAGGCGUAAUGCUGCUCCAGAUCAUUACUGCCAAGCCGCCGAUGGGGCUAACCCACCACGUCCAAAGGGCGAUCGACAAGGGAACGUUUGAAGACAUGCUUGACCCUACCGUGCCAGACUGGCCUGUGGAGGAGGCAUUGAGGUUUGCCAGGCUGGCCCUUCAGUGUGCCGAAUUGAGAAGGAAAGACAGGCCGGAUUUGGGGAACGAGGUGUUGCCGGAGCUGAACAGGUUGAGAAUGUUGGCCGAUGAUGUGUCUCCUGCUGGCGGGUUCAGCUAUGGUGGGAGCACAGGGAGCUCGCCUUUGAAUAGUCAGAGUAGUCAGGAUGUGUUCAGUGAUCUUCAGUCUGGUUAUGAUAGCUCCAGAAGCCGGUCUAGUACCUCUUCCUACGGCGGCAGAAGAUGAUGAUGAUGGUGAUCAGACUUUCCAACGACAAUGGAGGAGCUGGAAUAUAUUGUAGUUUGUUCUGACGACACUGGAUUAUGUACUGGGGAAGUAUAGUUUGGUUCAUGAACUUUAUGUUCCAAAAUGUACCGCCUAUAAACGUGUAUAUAAGCCAUGUUUCAUGGAUGAAUACAAUGAUUGAUAUUUCUUCCUAGUAACUAUAUACGAUCAUGCUAAUUUUUAGUUGUCUAACAUGCUAGUUUAUUUUUUUUUAUGUCAAAAGAUAAUUCUUAAUAUCGAGU